UCUGAAAUGUGUCUGCGGCGUCAAGCUGUCAUUGGAGCGGCGUGUUGUCCAUCAUUCCCCGCCUGCAAAUGAGCACAACGCCACCGUCAAUUCUUUCUCGGCUUGGCUUGGCGACCAUAACUGCGAGGAAGAGGAAAAGCCUCGGAAACAGAGUAUCCGCGGCUGGAAGGGGGAAACGGACAGUUUGACUUUUUCUUAACUUAUUUUUUUUUUAUUUGGAAAAAAAAAAAUACUUCUCGAAAAACGGCAUUGCAAAAUGCUAUUUCAUUAUUAACACGUCUGAUUUUUUAAAACCCUACUAGUCGGCUGGAGAGGAUAUGCGCCCAGUUUGCGUGUUACUUAUUCCAGACAAAAGAUAAUAAAAAAAAAAGAAAGGUUUCGGUGUCUCAGUAAAUGGAUAAAGUGGGAAAGAUGUGGAACAACCUGAAGAACAGAUGCCAAAACCUGUUCCAUCUCGAAGGUGGGAGCAGAAGCGAGAACAUGGACGUGAACGUCAACCGGUGCUCUUUGGAGGAAGAUGGAGGCACCUGUCUUUCUGAUACCCCUUCCCAAAGACUUGGAAUCUGCCCUAUGCCCCUGCAUAACUCCGCCUGGAGGAACCCAAACUGCGUCUCAGAGAUCUCUGAGAUUGUGGAGAUCACGAUAGACCAGGACAGCGAGGACCUGCGCACCCGUACAGGCAUGCGUCUGGCCCGCAGGGACUCGUACACGCGACACGCCCCUUGGGGGAGCAAGAAAAAACACUCCGCAAAGACCCAGAGCUCUCUGGAGACAGACAAGCGCUUUAGCAGGACCUGCGGCGGGCUGCAGCGACGGGAGCGGAGGUACGGGGUCAGCUCCAUGCAUGAUAUGGACGCUGCCUCCAGUAGGUCUCUGAGCAGCCUCACCCUCCGGCAGAGGUUACAGGACACGGUGGGACUCUGCUUCCCCAUUCGAUCUCACUCUCGCUCCACCAAGGCUCUGUUUUCAACUAAACGGAAGAUCCACCUGUCGGAGCUCAUGCUCGAGAAAUGCCCCUUCCCCUCUGGCUCGGACCUGGCCCAGAAGUGGCACCUCAUCAAGCAGCACACGGCUCCCGCCAGCCCCCAGGCGACCACCCUGCUGGACACUUUCGACCCCGCUGUCACCUCCACCGAGGACGAGGAGGACCGGCUGCGGGAGAGGAGGAGGCUCAGCAUCGAGGAAGGAGUUGACCCGCCUCCCAACGCUCAGAUCCACUCCUUUGAGGCCAUGCCGCAGGUGAACUCGUUGUACAAGCUGGGACCAAAGCUAGCUCCGGGGGCGAGCGACCUGACCGGGGACAAUAGAGGAGCCGCGGCAGCAGCCGUAGGGGGAGUGCCGACGACGGUGGUUGUAGCUGCAGCUCCGCUACAAAUAGACUGCGACUCAGAGGAGGACACCACGACUCUCUGCCUGCAGUCACGCAGGCCGAAGCAGCGUCACAUGUCCGGGGACAGCCAUUUCAGCCGCCAGGGCCCGUGGAAAGUCCACACACAGAUCGACUACAUUCACUGCCUUGUGCCAGACCUCCUGCGGAUCACCAGCAACCCCUGCUACUGGGGUGUGAUGGACCGCUACGAGGCCGAGGCGUUGCUCGAAGGCAAACCUGAAGGCACGUUCCUGCUCAGGGACUCUGCGCAGGAGGACUACCUCUUCUCUGUCAGCUUCCGCCGCUACAACCGCUCCCUGCACGCCCGCAUUGAGCAGUGGAACCACAACUUCAGCUUCGACGCGCACGACCCCUGCGUGUUCCACUCCUCCACAGUGAGCGGGCUGCUCGAGCACUACAAGGACCCCAGCUCCUGCAUGUUUUUCGAACCUCUGCUCACUGUGCCUCUCAACAGAAAUUUCCCCUUCAGUCUGCAGUACAUCUGCCGGGCGGCCAUCUCUAGGUGCACCUCCUACGAUGGCAUAGGUGCGCUCCCUUUGCCCUCUGUUCUCCAAGACUUCCUGAAGGAAUAUCACUACAAACAGAAAGUCAGGGUGCGGUGGCUGGAGCGAGAACCGGUCAAGGUUAAAUAAAAAAAAUAUAUAAUAUCAGUAACCGUGUCCAAAACCCUCAUGCAUACUCGGUAAAAGACAUCACAAAGAGUAUGACAAGCACAUGUUCUAGUGUCAUGCUUUAUUGUAAAAACAGCAAUCAUGUUGUUUGUUAAAUGUAGCUGAUAAGUAGUUCUCACCUGCAUCUCUGCUGCUGCCUGCUAGAUAUCCGAAGUAUAUUGCAAAGCCUGUUUCAAGCUACAAGCAGUAAACUAACUUUGCAAGCACCUUUUGAAAAGCUUGAACUCAAUAUGUUUGUUUGUAUUUUGAACUCUGUUGUACAGUUUUAGUUUUUCUGCUCUUUUAUGUUUAUCAGUGAGUUUUAAAGCAACUACGGUCCUCUUGUUUAAAACAUAAGUUUUAUAUUGGAAGCAUGAUACCUGUCCUAAAAAAGGAUAACCAAGAAUUGUCCAGUCAACCCUUAAGAAGAACAUGCACACUUACAAUAGACAGGAUAGUGUCAAGUACACAGGUUCAUAAUCUUAAGGCUUUAAAACAGUCUUACAGCAUUCCCCCAUCUUGCUUAUGUUGCCUCCAGUGUAUUGCUUUGUUACUGUAGAUUUAUUUUAACUCCACAGCUCCUACUUCAUUUUGCCUUCUGAGUUACAUCAUGCUUCUGAGUAAAAACGAAAAAAAAAAAAAAAA